AUGGAGCCAGCACCUCCAGACCACCAGCAGCGUCACCGUCUCUCAUGGUCGUCGACGUCUGGUCCUCACGGCGGCGUCCCAUCGUUGCCGCGCCCCCAUAGCUCGACGACGAACCCUCUUCCUCUUCCGCGCGUGCAUAACCACCCACAACCGCCCUACGCGUCCUUCACGCCCCGUCCCGCCGACCUUCACUCUGCGCCGCCUACUCCGGUUCAUCCCAGCCCGGUGUCGCAUCACCCCGAGCCUGACCGUCGCCAUCAUGAUCAGGAGCCAUACGCUCCAAUGCAUGAUCAUUACCAACCGCAGCAGCAUCACCACCACCCCGUCUCCCCAGCGCAAGGGCCUUACCAGCAGUCCUAUCCACCUCGGGAUCCGUCUUUGGUGAAGAGGGAACCUCAGGACGACUCCCGGCGGUCCAGCUCGACGGGGCAUGCGACAGAUAUUUCGUCCGGACAGCACCCGCCGACCCCCCAUCACUCUCUCCCACCGCCUCCCUCAUACCCUGACACCCAGCCACGACACAUGAAUUACGACAACGGGCAUCCGGUGCCGGGAGGCUAUCGGCAACCCAGCUACCCACCGCCGACUCCUGUGGCACAACAAGCCCAAUAUGAGCCACCGCAUGCAUCAUAUUCUUCUAGCAACGAUCCAUACUACGGAGUGUACCCCUCCAACACUCCCGCAAAGAAGAAGAACACGCGCGCAUCUCAGGUCGGGACCCUCCCUAUAUUUGCGCCGGAAGCGCUUAUCUACCUUGUAAAGGACAUUGAACUAACAAUUGGAGAGCAUAGGCCUGCGAUCAAUGCCGCCAACUGA